ACGUAAAUCAAAUUCACCUUUUCACAAUAUGUGUUGGAACACAAAAUAUGUAGUUAUUUCGUAAAAAAAAUUCUAACUAAUUGUGGCACAACUGAGAAGUGUCGUUAUUGUGGCUAAAAACUAAUGUUUAAGAAUGGCACAUUCUUAUAUCACGGUUUAUUUUCCUACGCAUCGGAAUGAAAUUUUUAUACAAUAUGGACGAUGAAAUUGCGCACAUUUCUGCAAAAAUCGUGUGUUUUGAGUUAUGACACUAUUCAAGUAAAUGAGCGAUAUAUUUGUACUGGUGUGACUGCGUUCAUUACUUCGUUGGGCACCAUUCAGCCAUUUCUGCUCGAAGCAUCAACCUUUAAACAUUUAAACAUCUAUUUUUGGAUGAAUUUAUUUUAGUGAAACACAUUGUGAGGUUCUGCUGAGUGGUGCAUGUUUCGGUGCGGUGUAUUUAAAUUAUUUUGGUUCAAUCAAUUUUAAAUUUUUUUUAAAGCGAACUAAGUAAACCGUUUUAAGUUAAAUUUUAUACUGCUCAAUUCGAAUAAAUAAUAAAAAAGGAAUAAAUAAUAAAUAAUGUCUACUUGUGCGGUAUGCGAUCAGCCGACCAAAAGCAAAUGCUCAAAUUGCAAUCAGAGCUUUUAUUGCUCUGUGGAGCAUCAAAAACAACAUUGGAAUACGCACAAAGUCGAUUGCAGACCCUUCAGAGUGGAGUACUGUGAUCAGCUGGGAAGAUAUUUGGUGGCUACCCGAAGCAUUAAGCCAUUCGAAAUAAUCCUGGAAGAGGCUGCUCUAAUAUGUACGCCAUCCCAAGUCACAAGUCCCGUGUGUCUUGGCUGUUUGAAUGGAAUCGAACCUUCCGACUAUAUCGAAUGCGAUAAAUGCGGUUGGCCGCUUUGUGGCGUCGAGUGCAAGGGUAAAGCUGUACACCAAGCUGAGUGUGAGUUCACUGUAAAAAAAGGUUCAAAAGUCUCAAUAAAAGAAUUUACAAAUCCUCAUCCAUUAUACCAAUGCAUGGGUACGGUGCGUUGUCUACUUUUGGCGAAAAAUUAUCCUGAAAAAUGGGAAAUGUUUUUAAAACUGGAAUCUCUGGAAAAACAGCGUCGAGGUUCCAUGCAGUGGAAGGCCGAUUUAGAGAGUAUCGGUAAAUUUAUACCAAGAUAUUUUAAAACAACUGAUUUCACCGAGGAUCUGAUUAUGAAGACAAUUGGCAUUUUGCAAAUAAACGGGCAUGAAGUACCGGUCACAGAUCCACCACAUGUAGCGAUCUAUAGUAUCGCUUCGUUUUUGGAGCACUCCUGCAGCCCGAAUUUGGCUAAAAGCUUCACGCGGGAAGGAAAUUUAAUUUUAUGGGCACCAAAAGCAAUUAAAAAGAAUUCGCAUUUGAGUAUUUGUUACUCCGACGCCGUUUGGGGCACUGCAGAGCGGCAGCAGCAUCUUAUGCACACUAAACUCUUUAAAUGUGUGUGCCAGAGGUGUUUAGAUGUAACGGAAUGCGAAACAAAUUACGAUGCCUUCAAGUGCACCACUUCUGAUUGUGAUGGCACUAUUUUACCAGUAAGCAUAAAGGAAUGGAAUUCGGCGUGGAAAUGCUCGUCGUGUGGAGUUCAAGCGGACAUAUCAUUUAUAAAAAGUAUUUUAGAAAAAGCUGGAAAAGACUUGCAGGCCAUGGAUAAAACCGUGGAAAAUUGUAUCAAAUAUAUUCAACAUUAUCAAAAGUGGCUUACCGGGAGACAUUAUUUUAUAUGUCAAGCCAAAAUACAAUUAGUGCAGCUAAUUGGUACUGAUCCCAAGGAGCUAAUGGUAGUACCCGAAGAUAAGCUCAAUAAGAAAUUGGAAUACGUCAAGGAACUUAUAGAAUUAUACGAGAAAUUGGCGCCUUGUGAGGUCCGAAUGUUGGGCACAUUUUGUUUCGAGUUACACUCGGCAAUAGCAGAGCACACGCGACGUGUGGCAUUGCAGACUACGUUGUCUCCGAAAAACAUGCUGGAAGAGUCUCUACUCUACGUCGAAAAAUGCAUAGACUACUUGCAGCAUGAAUGCGACCUUUUCGUUGAGGGACACAUUCUUAAGCAAGCGAAAAUCAAUAGAGACGCUCUUAGAAUGGUGUUAGUGAUGUAGAUAUUGCCGAAAUUCUACGGUGUGCUUAGCAUAUAAGCUAAAUUUCUGCUAAUGACAAUAAAACAAAAAAAUAUAAAAAACA